UGAAGACCGACCGUGAAAACACUGCGAUCACUCUCAUUCAAUUUUCUGUGAUGUAUACUGCGCACGCCGAUCUUAGUGAGGAUGGGAAGGCCCUCACGAAAAUCAUAGAUGAGCUCCGUGUCCUAUGCGAGAGUCGAAAAAAGCACGGUGCCCUAUCUCCUUCAGAACUGGCUCAUACGCGGAAAAUAUGGACAAGAUUGCGCAGCCUUCUCACCCAUGGGCACCCGUUUCGCGGUCUCGAGCGAACACCUCCGGAGCGCACCGCUCAGGAUCCACGCUUCGACCUGCUGUCCCAACCUAUCCAGGACGCUUUAGACGGGCUCAUGACUUUCGCAAACGUUUAUCGCAACCUCUGUGCUAUCAAGGUGUGCCCGAAGUCGAUCUUCAAGGCGCUCGAGCCGCUGGAAAAGAAAGGAUGGGAUUGGUUGGAAGUGCUGCAUCCCAUGUAUAAGAACGUCACGCUUUCACCUAGGACCCACGACUAUGCCUAUCUAUGCGACGUCUUGCUCAACUUCGUAUACGUCUUGCUCGGUGAGCGCGACGACGAUGAUCUCGAGGGGCAUAAAUUCAUCCACCGACUGCUCGCGUACCCGAACGCGAUGGUGUACUUGGUCGACUUUUGGGUCAACCUCUUCAAGUACGUCUCCUCCGACAUCCCGGACGGGACGAUCGUUGUCCGAUGUACCUGCGAAGCGCUCUACGUGAUCUGUCAAGCGCUCCAGUCCUCGGACAGUCCAGGAAUUCCUCCGCCCGUCGGUGACGAGGUCGUACGCGCGGUCAAGAAUCGUCGUCGACGCCUGUGCCAUACGAUUGCUCGCUAUGCAAGGACCAUCGAGGACGAUGCUCUCGCUGUCCGUAUGAUGUUCUACCUCGGUUCCUCUCUCCUUGCCAUCCCCGAGCUGGUCCCCCGGAGGUGCCCUCGCACUGCCGUCUCUUCCAUCGUCCGCACCCUGCUAUCCCGCUGCCGCAGCGGAGCCGGCGCCGAUCGCGCCGUCCUCGCCGGCUGCCAUUAUCUGGAUGAGCUCUGGAUACGGACCGCUGAUCUGCGCGUCCUGGAGUGGUCGAUCAACGACGGGAUCUUCACCGUACUCCUGCAUCUCGCGUCCUCGCCGGAUAUAGUCGACGCGCAGGAGGUCCGAGAGCUGGGCGAUGCCCUGCGCACGCUGCGCAUGUCGUUCGUCCAUUGGCGCGUGCUUCAUGCCUUUUCGCGUAAGCAUGACGCAGACCUACCUGCGCGGCGAAUAGCAGGAGGCAUGCAUGCGGGCCUUGUGGACGUGAUCGACGCGUAUCAAGCGAGGCGGAAAAUGCUCCACCCAGCGCGUAUCCUACAUGCGCAGAGAUACGAAAUGCCUUGUGCCAAUAAAUCAUGCACGAAAGAGCUGACCAGGCAGACCUGUGGCUCCUGUGUAUGUCGCCAGGUUCAUUACUGCUCUCGAGCAUGCCAAAAGCGACACUGGAAAGAAGAACACCGUGAGGUAUGCAAUGGUACACCCUUAGAUGCUCGCGCUACCCAUCGCGAUUACGACUUCAUCUACAUGCUCGCUGCAGCGUAUAUCAAGGAGCAUGCAACUACUCUUCUCGCUGAGAUUGCACGCCUCGACCCGGCUCAAAGGUACCAUUGCGGCCUCUACAUAUUAUUUGAUACGCCGAAGAUAACGCACUCGACCAUGCUAUACAAGCAAUGGGAUGGGACCUUUGUACGGUACGUACAGGUUGCUGCGCGCUGGGCAGACGGCGACCUUCGUCAAGGCCAGGUACGCGCCGUCAGCGUCGUGGGCGUGCGUGAUCUGGAGGAAAUUGCACGGACGGAUAAUCUGGACCUGAGGUUGAUCCCAUCGCUGGAGCACAUGUGGCCGCAUCGAAAGGCAAGGAAAGCAUAGUAUAGCAAAACGUAGAUCGCUGCGACGUCAACUUCAACCGUAACCUACGGCCCCCCCUUCGUGCAUGACGGAGUUUCACGAAUACAUAUACUAUACAGCAAACCCAAAUCUGUCAAUGAGCGACUGCUUGUGUUGCCUAUACAGCC